CAAUACUAAUUAAACUACUAUUUAGCUGUUUGUCUCAACUCUCCAACAGCAGCUUCUGCAAAAGUCUUUGCAAAACCCCAUUUACUCUGUCCGUUUGUGUACAUAUAAACACACACAUCCAAAUAUAUACACUUGUUUAUAUUCUAGGGUUUCGAUUCGUUUUGCUCAUCUUUAGUUGUAUAUUCAUCGAUUCCCUCAAUUGGGGUCAGAGAUUCAAACCUUCCCACCACUCAGAUUCAUCGUUUUCGACAUCGAAAUGCUCGAAUUAAAGACCAUAAAGAAGAAAAUGUGGAUGUUCUCUUAUUGAUCUCGUUCCCAAACCCAGCCCUCUUGUCUUCUUUCGCGUAAUGGAAGGUAUGAACACACACACAACCACCACCGCAGCUCUAACCUCAGUCCCUGUACUCAAUCGUCGCCCUCGAAUCCUCUCUUUCUGGUUCGCACCCACCACUCGUCCUCCUGGUGUCGAUCCUUAGAUUCUAUACAUAGUUCCAUACACACAUAUAUAUACUUCUAUUUUCAUACUGAAAUAUGACUUUUUAUUCUUGGGACUCAAAAGUUUCGAACUUGGGAUCCGAUCAAUCGGAACUAUUCGAUCCAUUUUCGGAGAAUUUAGGUGGGUUUAGUGGAGAUUGGGGAAAUGGGUCGACGUCGGCGUCGCAGUCUUUGGUAUUGGAUUGUGAGAAGGGGGAGCUGGUUAAGGCUCCGGCAAGGGUGGGGAAGAAAGGUGGGGUGUCAGAGGCUAAGGCUGUGGCGGCUCUGAAGAGUCAUAGCGAGGCAGAGAGGAGGAGGAGAGAGAGAAUCAAUGCUCAUCUCAAUACACUUCGUGGGCUCGUGCCCUGCAAUGAAAAGAUGGACAAAGCCACGUUGCUUGCUGAAGUUAUCAGCGAAGUCAAACAACUGAAAAAGAACGCAAUGGAGGCUAGUAAAGAUUUACUCAUUCCCAUGGACACUGAUGAAGUGAGAGUUGAACCACAUAACGGUGAAGUAGAGGAUGGAACUUUGUCUGUCAGGGCAUCUAUCUGUUGUGAUUACAGGCCCGAGCUCCUGUCUGAUCUGAGACAAGCUAUUGGUUCCCUUCAUCUGAAAAUGGUGAGGGCAGAGGUCUCAACCUUGGGAGGCCGGGUGAAGAAUGAAUUCAUAUUCACCAGCGGCAAAGAAAUGAAUAGUAGCGAUGCAGAGGCAUGCCAACUUCUUGUGAGUUCUGUUCAUCAGGCUUUGACUUCAAUCCUGGACAAGGUUUCUUCUGCCUCAUCAGAAUACUCUCCUCGAACAACACUUCCAACCAAGAGGCGACGGGUUUCGUUUUUCGAUUCUUGGAGCUCAUCUUCAUGAGGGUAUAGAUUCUGGUGGGUUAAGAUGAUAAGUUUAUUGUUCAUCUAUCGCAGUGAUCCUAUAUCUUAUUUGCAAAUAGGAUUGUCGCAAGAAUAGAGUCAUCGAUGCUUAUUUUCAUGCAGUUGUAUAGAACACCUCAACUGUGCAUUUGAUGAUGACCAUGUAUAUUCGAUAUAUUGUUGCCCCAUCUGUUACUGGACGUGGAUGUAUAAAAAUAAGACUCAUAAUGCAUGUUACUCGUGUUGUAAAUAAUGUAUUAGAUAAUUUUGCUUU